GUUUGGCAGUAUUGAAGGGUAAGCAUGCGGCCAUGAUCGCCUAUUAUGGAGCGCUCAUCUUCGCAAUGCCUAUGAGUAACAUAUUUAUGUCAGCGGUAUACACUGAGUCCUUCUACUCUAUGCUCACGUUUGGUGGCCUGCUACUGCUAUACGAAG